AUGGCCACUUUGCUGGCGAAGACUUCGAGUCGCGGCUUCAUCACUGUGAAGCUUCUCACGGCGCUACUGGCGGCGACUCUUCUGCUGCCGUCAACCAAUGCAGCGACGUACCCCAACUGUCCGCUGACCGGCAAGCCACCGACGGUGCCAACAGUGCCCCCCACGCGGUGUGUGGAAGCGUCCAACUUGACGUGCUGCGCCGCGUGCUCCGACAUUAACUUCGCCGUUCAGGCGCUCGCCGUUAACGUUACCGCCGCCGUGGAAGCCGCUGCGCAGGGUCUCAUCGACGUCUCUACCGUGCCGAGUAGCAUCUGUCCUAUCAUGAAGGGUAAUGAGAUGUGCGAGCGACUCGUCGAGCAACUCGCCUGCGCGGUGCAGUGCAACCCUGACUCCGGCAACUACCUCACGGGCAAGCCCGGCAAGUACAUGCUGCAGAUCUGCACGGACCACGGGCAGGCCAUCUACGACGCGUGCUCCUCGCUUGAAGUGGCGGGGAUCGUGGUGGCCGACUUUUUUACCACGCCGGACGACAUCAUCCAGCAGCUGCUCGUGCCGCUCGUCGCGCAGCAGAUCCCCGGCUUCAACGCCACCGUCACGAAAACCGCAUGCUACUCGGGUCCCACAAUGGUCCCAGUCACCCCUCUCUGCUGCGACCCGCUCACCAUCCCCGCCACCUGCCCGCCCGGUGCGGUCAACAUGACGGCCGCCAAGAACGUGUCUGGCCGCCCUCUCGACCCGGCCAUCUGCGCUGACUUCCCCUACUCCAACGCCACCAUGCCCUUCCCCCCCAAUGCCAGCCCGCCAACCCCCUCCGCUCCUGCUCCUUCGCCUCCCGUUCCUACUCCUUCACCCUCCGCCCCUGCGCCAGCCCCCACUACCGCUUCUCCCCCCCCAAGCACCGCGCGAGUUCCGCGCGCAGUGGAGGGUCGACGGAGGGGGAAGGGAAACGGCGGAAAAUCCGGGGGAUUGAAGGGAGAAGGGGCGGGUUUGCGGGAAAAGGGUGAAUGGGUCAAUAAGAAGGUGGUGAAGAGGGUGAGUGUGCAUGAAGGGGUGAAUGGGGUCAGUAGGCAGGCACGUGCGAGUCGACUGACGGGACGGGAGGAGCAUCCGUGUGGGGAGGACAGGAGGGGAGGUGGUGUGGUGCACUGUGCGCAGUACCUGGCGCAGGUCUGCCAGGGCGCGCUCCCCUCGGCUGCCAUGCGCCGCAUUGGCUUCCCCUGGUCGCCCACCCUCGCUAGACGAACUCUCGCCGAGCUGCUCUUCUCUCCCCUCCCAUCUCCUCUCCACUCCUUCCUCGUUUCCUGUUCUCUCCUCCCCACCUCUUUUCCUCCUCGAUUUCUACCUCUCCCUCUCUCCUCCCUCCCUCCUGCCCUUCUCCCCUCCGCCUUCCCCCAGGUGGCAGGGAUGUUGGAGACGGCACAGCUGGCGUUGGAGCACGGGCCUGUAUGCAGCACGGCAGGAGGUAGGCUGCACAGGAGGAGAGGGGGGAGGGAGUGCGGGGUGGGGAGGAAGGGGUUUGGUCAGGUGAUGGAGGGAGAAGGGCCUGUAGCAGAGAAUGGGAGUUGGGAUAUGUGCGGGGCAAUAUCCCCCUCCUGCUCGCUCCUUUUCACUCACCCCUCCUGCUCGCUCCUUUUCACUCACCCCUCCUGCUCGCUCCUUUUCACUCACCCCUCCUGCUCGCUCCCUUUCACUCACCCCUCCUGCUCGCUCCCUUUCACUCACCCCUCCUGCUCGCUCCCUUUCACUCACCCCUCCUGCUCGCUCCCUUUCACUCACCCCUCCUGCUCGAUCUAUUUCACUCACCCCUCUUGCUCUGCUCGCUCCCUUUCGUUCACCCCUCCUGCUCGCUCCCUUUCACUCACCCCUCCUGCUCGCUCCCUUUCACUCACCCCUCCUGCUCGCUCCCUUUCACUCACCCCUCCUGCUCUCUCCCUUUCACUCACCCCUCCUGCUCGCUCCCUUUCACUCACCCCUCCUGCUCGCUCCCUUUCACUCACCCCUCCUGCUCGCUCCCUUUCACUCACCCCUCCUGCUCGCUCCCUUUCACUCACCCCUCCUGCUCGCUCCCUUUCACUCACCCCUCCUGCUCGCUCCCUUUCACUCACCCCUCCUGCUCGCUCCCUUUCACUCACCCCUCCUGCUCGAUCUAUUUCACUCACCCCUCUUGCUCUGCUCGCUCCCUUUCGUUCACCCCUCCUGCUCGCUCCUUUUCACUCACCCCUCCUGCUCGCUCCUUUUCACUCACCCCUCCUGCUCGCUCCCUUUCACUCACCCCUCCUGCUCGCUCCCUUUCACUCACCCCUCCUGCUCGCUCCCUUUCACUCACCCCUCCUGCUCGAUCUAUUUCACUCACCCCUCUUGCUCUGCUCGCUCCCUUUCGUUCACCCCUCCUGCUCGCUCCCUUUCACUCACCCCUCCUGCUCGCUCCCUUUCACUCACCCCUCCUGCUCGCUCCCUUUCACUCACCCCUCCUGCUCUCUCCCUUUCACUCACCCCUCCUGCUCGCUCCCUUUCACUCACCCCUCCUGCUCGCUCCCUUUCACUCACCCCUCCUGCUCGCUCCCUUUCACUCACCCCUCCUGCUCUCUCCCUUUCACUCACCCCUCCUGCUCGCUCCCUUUCACUCACCCCUCCUGCUCGCUCCCUUUCACUCACCCCUCCUGCUCGCUCCCUUUCACUCACCCCUCCUGCUCGAUCUAUUUCACUCACCCCUCUUGCUCUGCUCGCUCCCUUUCGUUCACCCCUCCUGCUCGCUCCUUUUCACUCACCCCUCCUGCUCGCUCCUUUUCACUCACCCCUCCUGCUCGCUCCUUUUCACUCACCCCUCCUGCUCGCUCCCUUUCACUCACCCCUCCUGCUCGCUCCUUUUCACUCACCCCUCCUGCUCGCUCCCUUUCACUCACCCCUCCUGCUCGCUCCCUUUCACUCACCCCUCCUGCUCGCUCCCUUUCACUCACCCCUCCUGCUCGCUCCCUUUCACUCACCCCUCCUGCUCGCUCCCUUUCACUCACCCCUCCUGCUCGCUCCCUUUCACUCACCCCUCCUGCUCGCUCCCUUUCACUCACCCCUCCUGCUCGCUCCCUUUCACUCACCCCUCCUGCUCGCUCCCUUUCACUCACCCCUCCUGCUCGCUCCCUUUCACUCACCCCUCCUGCUCGCUCCCUUUCACUCACCCCUCCUGCUCGCUCCCUUUCACUCACCCCUCCUGCUCGCUCCCUUUCACUCACCCCUCUUGCUCGAUCUAUUUCACUCACCCCUCUUGCUCUGCUCGCUCCCUUUCGUUCACCCCUCCUGCUCGCUCCUUUUCACUCACCCCUCCUGCUCGCUCCUUUUCACUCACCCCUCCUGCUCGCUCCUUUUCACUCACCCCUCCUGCUCGCUCCUUUUCACUCACCCCUCCUGCUCGCUCCCUUUCACUCACCCCUCCUGCUCGCUCCUUUUCACUCACCCCUCCUGCUCGCUCCCUUUCACUCACCCCUCCUGCUCGCUCCCUUUCACUCACCCCUCCUGCUCGCUCCCUUUCACUCACCCCUCCUGCUCGCUCCCUUUCACUCACCCCUCCUGCUCGCUCCCUUUCACUCACCCCUCCUGCUCGAUCUAUUUCACUCACCCCUCUUCCUCUGCUCGCUCCCUUUCGUUCACCCCUCCUGCUCGCUCCCUUUCACUCACCCCUCCUGCUCGCUCCCUUUCACUCACCCCUCCUGCUCGCUCCCUUUCACUCACCCCUCCUGCUCUCUCCCUUUCACUCACCCCUCUUGUUCUGCUCGCUCCCUUUCGUUCACCCCUCCUGCUCGCUCCCUUUCACUCACCCCUCCUGCUCGCUCCCUUUCACUCACCCCUCCUGCUCGCUCCCUUUCACUCACCCCUCCUGCUCUCUCCCUUUCACUCACCCCUCCUGCUCGCUCCCUUUCACUCACCCCUCCUGCUCGCUCCCUUUCACUCACCCCUCCUGCUCGCUCCCUUUCACUCACCCCUCCUGCUCGCUCCCUUUCACUCACCCCUCCUGCUCGCUCCCUUUCACUCACCCCUCCUGCUCGCUCCCUUUCACUCACCCCUCCUGCUCGCUCCCUUUCACUCACCCCUCCUGCUCGCUCCCUUUCACUCACCCCUCUUGCUCGCUCCCUUUCACUCACCCCUCCUGCUCGCUCCCUUUCACUCACCCCUCCUGCUCGCUCCCUUUCACUCACCCCUCCUGCUCGCUCCCUUUCACUCACCCCUCCUGCUCGAUCUAUUUCACUCACCCCUCUUGCUCUGCUCGCUCCCUUUCGUUCACCCCUCCUGCUCGCUCCUUUUCACUCACCCCUCCUGCUCGAUCUAUUUCACUCACCCCUCUUGCUCUGCUCGCUCCCUUUCGUUCACCCCUCCUGCUCGCUCCUUUUCACUCACCCCUCCUGCUCGCUCCUUUUCACUCACCCCUCCUGCUCGCUCCUUUUCACUCACCCCUCCUGCUCGCUCCCUUUCACUCACCCCUCCUGCUCGCUCCUUUUCACUCACCCCUCCUGCUCGCUCCCUUUCACUCACCCCUCCUGCUCGCUCCCUUUCACUCACCCCUCCUGCUCGCUCCCUUUCACUCACCCCUCCUGCUCGCUCCCUUUCACUCACCCCUCCUGCUCGCUCCCUUUCACUCACCCCUCCUGCUCGCUCCCUUUCACUCAUCCCUCCUGUUCGCUCCCUUUCACUCACCCCUCCUGCUCGCUCCCUUUCACUCACCCCUCCUGCUCGCUCCCUUUCACUCACCCCUCCUGCUCGCUCCCUUUCACUCACCCCUCCUUCUCGCUCCCUUUCACUCACCCCUCCUGCUCGCUCCCUUUCACUCACCCCUCCUUCUCGCUCCCUUUCACUCACCCCUCCUGCUCGCUCCCUUUCACUCACCCCUCCUGCUCGCUCCCUUUCACUCACCCCUCCUGCUCGCUCCCUUUCACUCACCCCUCCUGCUCGCUCCCUUUCACUCACCCCUCCUGCUCGCUCCCUUUCACUCACCCCUCCUGCUCGCUCCCUUUCACUCACCUCUCCUGCUCGCUCCCUUUCACUCACCCCUCCUGCUCGAUCUAUUUCACUCACCCCUCUUGCUCUGCUCGCUCCCUUUCGUUCACCCCUCCUGCUCGCUCCCUUUCACUCACCCCUCCUGCUCGCUCCCUUUCACUCACCCCUCCUGCUCGCUCCCUUUCACGCACCCCUCCUGCUCUCUCCCUUUCACUCACCCCUCCUGCUCGCUCCCUUUCACUCACCCCUCCUGCUCGCUCCCUUUCACUCACCCCUCCUGCUCGCUCCCUUUCACUCACCCCUCCUGCUCGCUCCCUUUCACUCACCCCUCCUGCUCGCUCCCUUUCACUCACCCCUCCUGCUCGCUCCCUUUCACUCACCCCUCCUGCUCGAUCUAUUUCACUCACCCCUCUUGCUCUGCUCGCUCCCUUUCGUUCACCCCUCCUGCUCGCUCUCUUUCACUCACCCCUCUUGCUCUGCUCGCUCCCUUUCGUUCACCCCUCGUGCUCGCUCCCUUUCACUCACCCCUCCUGCUCGCUCCCUUUCACUCACCCCUCCUGCUCGCUCCCUUUCACUCACCCCUCCUGCUCGCUCCCUUUCACUCACCCCUCCUGCUCGAUCUAUUUCACUCACCCCUCUUGCUCUGCUCGCUCCCUUUCGUUCACCCUUCCUGCUCGCUCUCUUUCACUCACCCCUCUUGCUCUGCUCGCUCCCUUUCACUCACCCCCCUGCUCGCUCCUUUUUACUCACCCCUCCUGCUCUCUCCCUUUCACUCACCCGUCCGGCUCGCUCUCUUUCACUCACCCCUCUUGCUCUGCUCGCUCCCUUUCGUUCACCCCUCGUGCUCGCUCCCUUUCACUCACCCCUCCUGCUCGCUCCCUUUCACUCACCCCUCCUGCUCGCUCCCUUUCACUCACCCCUCCUGCUCGAUCUAUUUCACUCACCCCUCUUGCUCUGCUCGCUCCCUUUCGUUCACCCCUCCUGCUCGCUCUCUUUCACUCACCCCUCUUGCUCUGCUCGCUCCCUUUCGCUCACCCGUCCUGCUCGCUCCCUUUCACUCACCCCCCUGCUCGCUCCUUUUUACUCACCCCUCCUGCUCUCUCCCUUUCACUCACCCGUCCGGCUCGCUCUCUUUCACUCACCCCUCUUGCUCUGCUCGCUCCCUUUCGUUCACCCCUCGUGCUCGCUCCCUUUCACUCACCCCUCCUGCUCGCUCCCUUUCACUCACCCCUCCUGCUCGCUCCCUUUCACUCACCCCUCCUGCUGGCUCCCUUUCACUCACCCCUCCUGCUCGAUCUAUUUCACUCACCCCUCUUGCUCUGCUCGCUCCCUUUCGUUCACCCCUCCUGCUCGCUCUCUUUCACUCACCCCUCUUGCUCUGCUCGCUCCCUUUCGCUCACCCGUCCUGCUCGCUCCCUUUCACUCACCCCCCUGCUCGCUCCUUUUUACUCACCCCUCCUGCUCUCUCCCUUUCACUCACCCGUCCGGCUCGCUCUCUUUCACUCACCCCUCUUGCUCUGCUCGCUCCCUUUCGUUCACCCCUCGUGCUCGCUCCCUUUCACUCACCCCUCCUGCUCGCUCCCUUUCACUCACCCCUCCUGCUCGCUCCCUUUCACUCACCCCUCCUGCUCGCUCCCUUUCACUCACCCCUCCUGCUCGAUCUAUUUCACUCACCCCUCUUGCUCUGCUCGCUCCCUUUCGUUCACCCCUCCUGCUCGCUCUCUUUCACUCACCCCUCUUGCUCUGCUCGCUCCCUUUCGCUCACCCGUCCUGCUCGCUCCCUUUCACUCACCCCUCCUGCUCGCUCUCCCUUUCACUCACCCCUCCUACUCGCUCCCUCUUCCACUCACCCCUCCUGCUCUCUCCCUUUCACUCACCCCUCCGGCUCGCUCUCUUUCACUCACCCCUCUUGCUCUGCUCGCUCCCUUUCGUUCACCCCUCGUGCUCGCUCCCUUUCACUCACCCCUCCUGCUCGCUCCCUUUCACUCACCCCUCCUGCUCGCUCCCUUUCACUCAUCCCCCCUGCUCGCUCCUUUUUACUCACCGCUCCUGCUCGCUCUCCCUUUCACUCAACCUUCCUGCUCGCUCUCCCUUUCACUCACCCCUCCUACUCGCUCCCUCUUCCACUCACCCCUCCUGCUCGCUCCCUUUUCGCUCACCCAUCCUGCUCGCUCCCCCGCUCUAGUCAUAAUCACCCCACCUCAACCAUCCUGUCUCGCACCUUGA